UCCUGGAUGGAGCAGCAGCAGAUCAGCUCCACCCUUCAGCAGCUUCUACAACUCCAGCCGAGGUGCAUCAGCCUUUCUUAAAGCCUGACUGGAAUACAGCGCUUCAAGAAAUCGUCAAAAUGUCUGACCAGGUCGCCGCCCCGAUCCCUUCCGACCCCCCCGCUCCUCCCGCCGGACUUCCUCCCAAGGUGGGCCACCUGGGCCGAGCGUCGGGCCCCGCGGACAGCGACAACUUUGAGACAGCCGACAUCCCGGAAUUAGAAUACUUUGUAGCACCGGGUCCGAGAGGAUACCCUCCUCUGACAGAGUUCCUGGACAUCUGGGAUGUGGACAUGCUGAAGAGGGGACAUGAAACCAACAAGACCGACCACCGCACCAACCUGUACCACUGCGACAAUCUCAUCGUCCGCCGGGGACAAGAGUUCCAGAUCAAGAUCACCUUCAGUCGCGCUUACAAACCCAACGAGGACAAGAUUGCUGUGGAGUUUGUCAUCGGCGCCAACCCUCAGUACAGCAAGGGGACCUACAUUCCUGUGUUUCCCACCAAGACCCGUCAGAGCUCCUGGGGGGGUCGCGUCGUGCAGACCAACGACAACUCGGUCACCAUGGGCAUCACGCCAGCGGCCAACUGCAUUGUGGGAAAAUAUCACAUGUACAUCGCGGUGCAGACUCCGUAUGGCAUUCGUAGGACGAAGCGGGACGACAGCAGAGAUUUAUACAUCCUCUUCAAUCCUUGGGCAGCAGACGAUGCUGUGUUUCUGGACGAUGAGGCGGAGAGGCAGGAGUGUGUGAUGAAUGAGUUGGGGAUCAUCUAUCACGGCGCUUAUGAUGACGUGUCCGAGAGAAACUGGAACUAUGGACAGUUCAACUAUGGAGUUCUAGAUGCCUGUCUGUACAUUUUGGAUCGGUCUGAGAUGCCAAUCACCAACAGAGGAGACCCGAUAAAGGUGACCAGAAAGGCCUCUGCCAUGUUGAACUCGCGUGAUGAUGACGGCGUGCUGGUGGGGAACUGGACCGGAGACUACACCUACGGAGUGGCGCCCACUUCCUGGACCGGCAGCACCGACAUCCUGCUCAGCUACUACGGCAGCAAGAUGCCCGUGCGCUACGCUCAGUGCUGGGUCUACGCUGCCGUCUUCAACUCCUUCCUGCGCUGUCUGGGCAUCCCGUCCAGAGUGGUCACCAACUACUACUCUGCUCACGACAACGACGGAAACCUGAAGAUGGACAUAAUUCUGAACGACAACGGCAGAAUCGAUCGGAACCGCACCAAGGACUCCAUCUGGAACUACCACUGCUGGAACGAGUGCUACAUGACCAGACCGGACCUCCCUCCGGGUUUUGGAGGCUGGCAGGUUGUGGACUCAACGCCCCAGGAAACCAGCGACGGGAUGUACAGAUGUGGACCCGCGUCCGUCCUGGCCAUAAAACACGGACACAUUUGCUUCCCAUUUGAUGCGCCCUUUGUGUUUGCCGAGGUCAACAGCGACGUCGUGUUUUACUCACGGAAGAAUGACGGGACGAUGGAGCCGGUCAAAGUGAACAAAAGUCACGUGGGCCGCAUGGUUUUGACCAAAGCUGCGGGAAGCGACGGUCGUCGAGACAUCAUCGAUCAAUACAAGUUUCCUGAAGGAAGCCCAGAGGAGCGGACUGUCCUGGAAAAGGCUGAGGAGUUCGGCUGCAAGCAGGAGAAGUCCAGCCCCCCCGAGGCGGAUGUGGACGUGGUCCUGCCCACCCUGGAGAUCAGGGUCGGCGAUGACUUCGAGUUCAACGUGGAGUUCGUCAACCAGAGCUUGCAGAAGCGCACGGUGCAGGCCUACGUCAGCGGGAGUGUGGUGUAUUACACCGGAGUCUCCAGCAAUGAGUUCCUGUUCAGGACCCCCACUGUGACCAUUCCGGCCCAAAAGAGUGUGAAGGAGUUGAUGACGAUUGAGUCGAGGGACUAUCUUAAUCACCUGGUGGAACAGGCCAACCUCAACUUCAUAGUCACUGGGAAGAUCAAAGAAACCGGCCGUAUCUUGAGCGCCAUGAAAGUGGUCACCCUGCACACUCCCAAACUCACUGUUGAGGUGACUGGCGGCGGCAAAGUGAAUGAAGAGAUGAUGGCCAGUGUGCAGUUUACCAACCCCUUCUCCUUCAACCUCGAGAACGUCUACCUCCGAAUGGAAGGACCCGGAGUCAUGGAGCUCAAGACCAGAUACUACAGUCUGCUCCCCGGCGGCUCCUCUCUCACCUGGACUGAGAUGUUCACCCCACAGAGGGCUGGCACGUCCAGAGUGAUGGCCACUCUGGACUGUUCCGGUCUCAGACAGGUCUCCGGCCAGGCGUCCAUCACCAUCGAAACCUAAAGAGGAAACAGAAGAUUCACCGACAUCCCGCUUUAAAACAGCCUCGAUUGCUUUAGAUUUAGCUAAAAACUGCUGAAACUGGGUGGAAGUUUCAGAAGGCAUGUAUUGGUAUGGGCUUAUCAUCGUUACAUGCAGGCCUGUUUCAAUAACAAAUUUUGCUGGACGAAAAACUGCCCUAGAGCUUAUUGUGUUAGACAAUGACAUUGUUGUUUUAAGAACAUUUUAAAAGUAGUGUGACUGUAAUAAUGGCAUAAAAAUGCAAGAACACAUUCUCAAAGAUCAAUAAGAUUUAAAUUUCGAAUCAACGUUUAAACAUUGGAACUGGAAGAAAUUUGAAACAUCCCAAAUAAAUAACGAAAACAACAGAAAUAACAUAGAAAAUAUGAAGUCUCUGUAAAUGAAAUUAUCUUUCAAAAAAAGGGAUAGUUGAGACCAAAGCACCAGACUGGAGACUUUUAUUAUUCAGUUUUUGGUAAAAAAAAAAAAAAAAAAGAGAGAGGAAAAGGAGAAAAAUGACCAAUCAAGCAAAAUUCUUGAGUUACUUUUAAUUUAUCAUGCGAUUAAUUAGUUUAUUGUGACAGGCCUAGUUACAUAAUUAUAAUCUGCUGAAACAUGACUGAAAGGGUUGUCUGGAGAUUUCUGCACAGUGAUGUCCUUAAAAGUAUAAAAUAUAGAGACUUAGCUUUAUCAUCUAUAUCAAUAGAGGUGGUCGUUUGAGCAUAUUGAAACACUAGUCUGAUGCAUAAAAGUACAGAAGAAAAUAGAUUUUAAAAAAAGUGAUUGACCAACAAUUUAAUAUUUUGAUCAGAACAAAUCUUGACCAUUUUUGAGUAAAGUAAUUUGGCCACUCAGGGUCAGACUAACAGAAAAGUAAAGAGAAAAAAAGUGCCUGAACUUUCAUUGCCUGUGUCAACAGGAAGGGAGUUUCAGCCAAAGUUGUCUUUCACACCAUGCAACAAGCCCGGUAUGUUCUAUUCUGAAAUACUGUAGCACGCAUUAUGUAAUCUCUUUUGCAACGUAAGAGCUUCCAGUUUAUUUCUAUUUGCUUGUUAUGAAGCAAACAGCAGAGAGUUUAUUGAAACUGUAUGGCUGAAAGUUUUACAAAUACUGAAUGUAUGCCAUAGAAAACCAAAGACGGGCUUUUAGAUACGGUAUUUUAUCAAACUUUUUACUGUUUUAGUUUACAUUUAAGAACAACCAUUCUUACUUAUGCGUAUCUCUGCAGAUGAAACUCCAUUUAUAUUCUUGGAAUUAAUAAAUAACAUAGCAACA